CCUCAACAAUCUAUCGUCCUUGGGAGCCACGGUACCAACCCUGAGCAUCGCAUCGCAUCCUAUCCCAGAAAACCUUAACCUCUGCGUGUCCCAGCAUUCCAGCGCCGUACCACAGUUUCAGGAACCCAGAUCAAAAGGUCAAAUUCUGUGGCCAGAGUUUCGGGCAGUUCCACACAUUGACGCCCCAGGCAGACCAUCUCGAAUUCGUCACAUCCUCCAUUACGAUCGAUCGCCCCCGUCGUCCUCCUUGCCUCUCGAUUCGACUCUUUUGUUGACUUGAAACACAAUCUCCCUCAAACUGCUUCCCAAAUCGGCCUCCUGCCCAAGUCCAAUACCACAAGAAUCUUGAUCAAUUGGGCGAUAGCAUCUCUGCCUAGUCCACCUGCAAGCCUCUUUCCUCUGCAUAUCCUUUUCUGGACCUCCGCCGCCCAUCGUCGCUGCCACGCUGCCACUGCCAUUGCGGGGCACCCGUCAAUGCGACCAUGAAGGCUAUCCGCAGGUCAUUGAAGAGUGACAAAGACGGAAACAAAGCGCCCAACCUAUCCAUCACCCCAAAAACCAUCCAAGCGCUCCCUCCCAAAAAGGUGAUCAAAGCCCUCUACGACUAUGAGCCGCAGAACAAGAAUGGCCAAGAGCUUGCUUUUCACAAGGGCGAUUUCUUCCACGUGCUGAGCCGUGAGGACGACACCGAGUGGUACGAGGCCUGUAAUCCUUUGAUUCCAACCGCCCGGGGCCUGGUUCCUGUCGCUUUUUUCGAAGUCGUGGGCAAGCAGCAGAGACAAAGCGGAACUUCGGUUUCGUCACCCAGCGAUCGACCGUCUGAGGGGCAUGAUUCUGGCUUCUCGGAAAAGGGCUCAAGUAUAUCACACGCACGAUCCGAGUCAACCGCGACGACAAGGCCCAUCAUGCACACCCGAAAUCAAAGUUUGGCCGGUCGCCACAACGGCGCCAUGGUGUACGGCAUUGUUCAAUACGACUUCAACGCCGAAAGAGCCGACGAACUGGAAGCUAAAGCCGGAGAAGCCAUCAUUGUGGUGGCUCAAUCGAAUCCUGAAUGGUUUGUAGCCAAACCAAUCGGACGACUGGGAGGCCCAGGCUUGAUCCCGGUCUCCUUUGUCGAUAUCAAGGAUACAUCUACGAUGCAAUCGGUCGCCGAUCCGCUUGAGGCUGUCCGCAAAGCUGGUGUUCCUCGGGUCGAGGAGUGGAAAAAGUUUGCGGCCGAAUAUAAAAACAGUAGCAUUAGCUUGGGCAAGUUUGAUAAUGGCCAAGGGCUGGCAAAUGACAUGGAUCGCAUGAGCAUCCAGAACGGCGGGUCGCAACAAUCGCUAGCCAGCAACAACUUUGAUUCACAACCUGUACGACAGUCACAACAAGCGACUGGUAUGCCCCUCGCUCCCAUCAGCGCCUGUGUACCUCGGUACUGCUUCGACAACGAUAUGUAUUGGUAUAUAAUCGAGUGUCAGAUGGAGGAUGGACGGUGGUGGGAAUUGUCACGAUACUACGCCGAUUUUUACGACUUUCAGAUUGCUCUACUCGAGAUGUUCCCAGAAGAGGCGGGCAACAAGGGCAAGCCUCGGACACUGCCGUUCAUGCCGGGACCUGUGGCGCAUGUUACUGAUGCCAUCUCGAACGGACGAAGACAAAACUUGGACGAAUACAUCAAGCAGAUUGUAGCUAUGCCGCCUCAUAUCUCCAAGAGUAUGCUAGUGCGAAAUCUCUUCAGACCCAAACCGGGUCAAGACUUUGAGAUUGACCCAAGCGCGUUGGGCGAGGAUUAUCGCCUGUCAGCCGGUUCUCAACAAUCGAUGCAACCCGUAUCCAGAAUCGGGUCCAAUCAACAAGGAGUGGGAGGAGGCUAUGGGGGAAUGCCACCUCCUGGCGGUCGAAUGUCCCAGCAAGCCCGAGUUCCCAUGUCUGCUAGCGGUGGGCUAGAGCGCCCGCCAUAUCUCCACUCACAGAACAGCAACCUGACGCAGACAUCCACCUCAUCGAGUGUCACAGGCAACGCAGCGGCGCAGGCCAUCAAGGUCAAGGUUUUCUUCCAGGACGAUAUUAUUGCGAUCCGAGUGCCACAGGAUAUUUCAUUCCCGGCGUUGAAAGGUAGACUGAUGGAACGAUUGAAGGUGAACGAGGACAUUGCGAUACAGUACCGAGACGAACCGACCAACAGCAUGUUAGAUCUGGAAAACGAUGACAAUCUUGAUGUGGCUCUACAACGGAAUCCCAAGCUGACGCUACAAGUGAGCUUUGCUGCGGGUUGAAGGGGAGCUGGUACGAGGAUUCAAGGGCUGUCCCAAGCCCCCUUUGCCUUUAUCUGACCUGCACUGUUCUAUUGGGAAGGCGUGUGGUUAGGAUGAAGCGACGCACGAAACCAAAGAAAAGGGCAGGGCAACCUGAUGAGUGAUGCGUUAACGUGGUUAUGUUUGGCGCCCCGGUGAGAGGGUUUGGAAUUGUAUCUCGGGAUAUGUGGGUGUGUUGACUUGACCAAUGUUGUUUCUCUCUUAAUCCUGUUCUCAUUCUUGCUGCCACCUCCCAACUGCCCACUUGGAUGUUGUGUGAAGGCUCGAUGUUGGGUGAAGGUAUAUCUGGUCUGGUGGGAUGGCGCACCUGCGCGCCAGCACAAGGACAUCAGACAUGGAGAUUAUCAGUGCAGCGAGUGCUUUCCCACUAGGAUCAAGUCUCCGAUGAGACAACAAGUGGAGGAGGACUGGAUCCCCGAGUGGGAUUCAAUGGACAGCACACCGCGUAUGAGACAAGUUGAUUUAUUGUCGACAUCAAUGGCCUUUUAGCUGUAGCUUGAGUCAGUCUGCGCUUGCAAUAUCUUGGCCAUGUAUUUGAAAUGGUGCAAGUUCAACCG